GAGGUUCUCUCGGUGGCAUUGUUGAGGGGGCUGUCGAGGGCGUUGGGGCAUGCCGUUUUUGCGCUGGAGGAUUGUGGAAUGCGGAAAAGUGAGGUGUUUAUCGAUGUCAAGUAUGCGACCUUUUAUGUGUGUGUGAGAUCAAAAUUGAGACUGUAUCCAUGUGGUUCGAGAUGCUUAAAAUGUCAUUGAAUUUACGUUGGUUGAAGUGAAGGCGUCAUUGUGCGUUGGAAGAAACCGGAUUCAGGCAGACAAAAAAAAAACAUUUGUAACAAACUGUUAAAGGCUUUGAACUGGAAGUGAAAGAUAUUAAAACAGCUGGGGAGAGGAUAUAGCAGGAAUCUGAAGCAUUCUGCAUGUGAUACCAAGCAAGAAAAUGACAUCCAUUAUCAAGAACCAGAUUUUGAAGCAUUUAUCCAAGUUCGCCAAGAACCUGACGGCGGACAAGAUCAACAUCAGCACCAUGCGCGGCGAGGGCGAGAUGUCCAACCUGGAGCUGAACGAGGCGGUCAUGACCGACCUGCUCGAGCUCCCCGCUUGGAUGCGCAUCACGCGCGUCUGGUGUAACCGGGUCGCCGUGCGCAUCCACUGGACCAAGCUCAAGUCUGUGCCCAUCUAUGUG